GUAAAGCUUUUCUCAGGUCGUAAACCAAUGUUGUACAGCUUUCAGACGUCUCUGCCACGACUGCUGGUCCCAGCUGUUGAAAACACUGUAAACAGGUAUCUGGAUUCAGUUCAGCCACUUAUGAAUGAUGAACAGUUCAAAAGAAUGGAGGGUCUUGCCAAAGAUUUUGCAUUUAAUCUUGGACCAAAACUACAGUGGUAUUUGAAACUGAAAUCCUGGUGGGCCACAAACUAUGUUAGUGACUGGUGGGAAGAAUAUAUCUACCUUAGAGGACGUGGGCCAAUUAUGGUUAAUAGUAAUUACUAUGCAAUGGACUUUCUGUACCGGUAUGUUGUUCCCACUUUCCUGCAGGCAGCUAGAGCAGGUAAUGUUAUCCAUGCCACCCUGCUCUAUAGGAAAAAACUGGACAGACAGGAAAUCAAGCCACUUAUGAUUCAAAAUACCAUCCCAAUGUGCUCUUCUCAGUAUGAACGUAUGUUCAACACUAGUCGUAUACCAGGCAUAGAGACAGACACUAUCCAGCACAUGAAGGACAGCAGACACAUUGUCGUGUAUCAUAAGGGCUGUUAUUUCAAAGUCUGGCUAUAUCAUGAUGGUAGACUGUUGAAGCUUCGGGAAAUUGAACAGCAGAUGCAAAGAAUUCUAGAUGACAGUUCAGAACCUCAAGCUGGAGAAGAGAAGUUAGCAGCUCUUACUGCAGGAGAUAGAGUACCCUGGGCUAAGGCUCGUCAGGCCUAUUUUGGACAUGGAAAGAACAAGCAGUCCUUGGAUGCUGUGGAAAAAGCAGCUUUCUUUGUGACUUUGGAUGAAACUGAGCAGGGCUACAGGAAAGAGGAUCCAGUGACUUCAAUGGAUACAUAUGCAAAGUCUCUGCUGCAUGGCAGUUGUUAUGACAGAUGGUUUGACAAAACAUUCACUCUUGUAGUGUUCAAGAAUGGCAAAAUGGGCCUGAACACAGAGCAUUCUUGGGCAGAUGCUCCUAUUGUUGGACACCUUUGGGAGAAUGUUAUGUCUUCUGAUUGCCUUCAACUGGGCUAUACAGAGGAUGGUCAUUGCAAAGGAGACAUCAAUCAAAAUAUUCCUUUCCCCCCCAGACUACAGUGGGAAAUCCCAGAAGAAGACAUGGGAAAAUUUUGUUUAACAUAUGGAGCCUCUAUGACCCGCCUGUUCAGAGAAGGCAGGACAGAAACAGUGCGCUCAUGUACUACCGAAUCGUGCAAUUAUGUUCAAGCCAUGGAAGAUCCAACCCAAAAUAAUGAAAAGAGGUGUAAACUACUCAGGAUUGCUGCUGAUAAACACCAGCACUUGUAUCGCCUUGCCAUGACUGGUGCAGGCAUUGACCGCCAUCUGUUCUGCCUUUAUGUGGUAUCCAAAUACCUUGGUGUUGAGUCUCCUUUCCUUAAGGAAGUUUUGUCAGAGCCUUGGAGGUUGUCAACAAGUCAGACACCACAGCAGCACAUUAACCUGGAGAAGAACCCUGAGUUUGUAUCCAGUGGUGGAGGCUUUGGACCUGUUGCUGAUGAUGGUUAUGGUGUGUCUUACAUUCUUGUGGGUGAACACCUCAUCCAUUUCCAUGUGUCCAGCAAAUUCUCUUGUCCUGAGACAGAUUCUCAUCGUUUUGGAAAAAACAUCAAGCAAGCAAUGGUUGACAUCAUCGCUUUAUUUGGCGUUGGUAUGAACUCUACCAAGUGAUUCCCUAAUAUCAAUGCCAGUGUCCUACCAUUGGGGUGAGAACUCUUCUGAUCAAUGAAUGAAAGCAAGGUGUACUACGCAACGGUUAGAGGGGCAUUUGGGUCAUAAUCAUCCAGUGAUCACCUGUGAAUAAGGAUUCAACACCUAGGCUGAGGUUCAAAUGUCCUAUCACUUUGCAAUAGCUCAGAAGAGUUUUCUUCCCAUAAGGGAUAACUUUAGACAUCCUGUGUGAUUCUAGGGAUAGUAUAAGGCAACAUCAUGUGAAAGGCAUGUGUACUGUAGCUACUGUAGGCCUGUCUCAAUUUUGUGUAUAUUUAGUAACUUUUUACUUAAAAUCUGGGUCUACUUGUAUUUCAUAAAUGAGUGGAUAAAAUUUAUUAAGUCAACCUCAAUCAUCAGAAAGUAUUUGACUUCAUACAUACUGGUAGCAAAACAUCAAUUAGUAUAUCUGCUGCUUCUGUCUGAGAGUGACAAGGCUUGUGGGUAUUCAUCUAAGUUGUCACUUUUUAAAGGUAUUUCUUUGCAUUGAAAAUAUAUCACAACGUGACAUAACCUAUGUAAUGCACUAAUUGAAAAUAUACUGUGCUUCUUGGAAAUAAGUAUAUGCUGCAGUAGGUGGUAAAAUAGUUGCAUUACAUAAGAGAAUGGCAGGUAUCACCUAUUUUCCUCUGUUUUAUAAGCAUAUAGUUUACCACAUCUUAAAUUUUAUUACCAUCCGAACAUAACUGCAUGUUGUAUGAGCCAGUGCCUUAAAAAUGAAAGGCCUCAAAUACAGGGAAAUCUUACACUUUAGUGAUUUGAUCACUAAAUCAAACAGUUCAGUUUUAGGGGAUUACUUCACAUCUUGAGCACCGAUUUUGGGAAAAGUUGGUGUUUUGCAUUCCCUUCAGUAAAGUCAUCCUUCGGUUCAAUCUGAUUUCCUUUAUGCAUGGAGUUUCACAGAAUUUUUGAUUAUUGAAAUGGUGGAGUCCAUGAAAUUUUGCAAGCAUGACUUAACAGAAGUUGUAUACAUCCAGAAUUACUUUGAAGUUAUAAUUGUCCUAUCACCAUUGUAGUCAAGAGGAGUUUUGCUUACUUAAGUACCACAGUUGGACACUAUGAACCUGACCUGCAUGUGCUGAGUACCAACAACUUCUACAACUUUCUGUGGAAAAUGAGGUGCUCAACAGCUUUCAGGAUCAUAACCGACACUGACACUUUUGAUAUAUAAUGUGGCAUAUUGCCUUUUUUUUCUGUUUGAAAAUCUGGCAAUAAUACAUCUGAGUAUCUUCAGUAGAUUAAGGGGGAGGAAGGCCAGUAUACCUAUUCUGCAUCUGAUCUUUUCCCAGAGCUUUGCAGAAUAAAAAUGUCAACAAUACCAAAGCUGUGUCCUAUGCAGAGUAAAAAAGACACCACUACAGUAGUUUUGUGUUGUCUUAUUGAAUAUAAUAUAAUAUUCAUUCAAAGUAAGACCAUCAUGAAUUCAACAGAGACAACAGUUCUGCUAUGAAGUGGCCUGGAAACUUUUUUUUGUAGCAAAGUAAAAAUAAAAUCUUCACUGUGUGUUUGGUCUUUUUAAAUGUCUAAAGUGCUUAACCAAAUGAAGCGUCCUUUCCCUUUGGAAUAAAACAAAGUUUUACAUUUCA